ACGGUGGAGGAUGGAUGUUGAUGCUGUGCUACAACAGGCAAUGGAAAACUUCUCAAGGAUUGAACAGCAGGGCUGUUCCUGUGGAUCCAGUUGACUGCUUCUCGCAUGUUUACCUGAACAACUUUAGCAAAGGAGUGCUGUACACCGCAACUGAAACCCGGUUUUUCUGCAAGACGACGAGCCAUAAUCGCAUUCUAGACUUCAAAACACGGAAUGAAGGAGUUGUUGGAAUCGUAAAACGUGGCCUCGCACAAUGGAACAACUACACGUGGUGGCAGAUCAACACUUCUUUACUGCCAGGACACUCAGCUGUCCUGCCUAUGGGCGCAAACUCAACCAACUUUUGGGAUUCUCAUUAUGUCACUCUGCUUGACGGCCUGACGGUGUUUCCCUUCUUCAGACCGCCGAGCUAUCACUGGACCCUUGGUUUCAAUGGCAGAUGGGAAUGCGAUGAUUACGGUUCGUACGAUCAGCAAACUCUCCAUCAGGUAUGGGUAAGAGAUUGCAAGGAUGUGUGUGGCGCCCCAUAUGGAGUCCCAGGAUACAGCGCGAGGGUCGGGUUCUUCUCCUCCAACCUGUGUCCGUCACUGUCAGGAACAUGCACGUUUGAUGGCGGGGUCAACAGUUACUACAUCGUCUUCUUCGAGCCCAACAAGUAUGGAGUCAUCCCGGCUACCCACCUGCUUUACGAGACUUCUUCUGGGACUCUUGCAGGAACGGCAACAUCCAACCUUUGCCCUAACUACCCCGUGCCUCUGCCUCCUGCAGUCCAAUGCUCUUCUCAG